AUGAAGCAGGUGCUCUCGGUGUCAAAACGACCGGUUGCAUUGAAGCAAGUGACUAGUCGCCUGUAUUUGAAAAUAGUGACAGUGAUUCUUUUGUGGAUGAGUUCGAUGCAAUACCUCCAUCUGCCCUGCCAGUGCCCCAAUCUACUCGUGAUAGUGAAUCAAGUGAGUGUAUGUAUGCCAACUGAGCUGCAGGAUGCUUUAUCUAACCCUAAAUGGAUGGAUGCUAUGAAUGUUGAAAUGGAUGCCUUGAAUAAGAAUAAAACAUGGGAUUUAGUACCUUUGCCACGAGGGAAGAAAGCUGUUGGAUGUAGAUGGGUGUUUACUUUGAAACAUAAGGCUGAUGGUUCCAUUAACCAUUACAAGGCAAGAUUGGUAGCAAAGAGUUAUACUCAGACCUAUGGAGUGGAUUAUUUGGAGACUUUUGCUCCAGUGGCAAAGCUCAAUACUGUGCGUGUACUAUUGUCCUUGGCUGCUAACCAUGACUGGAACUUAUUGCAAUUCGAUGUCAAAAACGUGUUUUUACAUGGUGACCUCAAGGAGGAGAUUUACAUGGAUCUCCCUCAUGGUAUUCCUAUAACCUCUAAGUAG